AUGCCCAUCCGUCCGUUUGACGAUUGGGUCAAUGGCCGUCGCCAGUCCCUCCCCCUCUCCGCCUUGAAGGGCGCGGUCGUCGGUAUCGAUGCAUCGCACUAUAUUUCCCAGCACCUGACCAACCAGUCCACCCGCGAGGCCCUGUUGGGCGCUCUCGGUGGCUUCCCAUUCGCCCUGAAGAACAACAUCGAGAAGGAGCUCCAGACCUUCAAGAACCUGGGGGUUGGCUGUGUCUUCGUCUUUAAUGGCCUUGACUUCGGUAAGAAGGAACACCGCACGAACACUUCGCCCGCGUCGGUGCGCUCCUUCGAGCAGGCCUGGGAGCUCUAUGAUCAGCAGCAAGCCGACCAGGUUGUCGAUGCCUUCAGCAAUGCCGGUAUGCCCACUUUCUAUACUCUUCAGUUCUCGCAUCUCUGGGCGACCUGCAUCCCCAGUGUCAGAUCCUAUCAGGUGCUUUCGCCAAUCUCACCACUAAUCGCUGACCAAGCCCUCACCUCAGGGACCCCACCCCCGGAAACCCUCUACAAGUUCCUGCAGCGGAUCCUGAACGAGAACCGUGUCUCCUUUAUGGUGGCGCCGUAUAGCGCAGCUGCUCAGCUUGCCUAUCUUCACCGUGGCACCAACCCCGUGAUCGAUGCCGUUUAUGGACCUUCCGAGAUCCUUAUGUUUGACCUGGAUAAGCUGGUGACCAAGAUUGAGACCGAGCCCGCCCAGUUUUUCUGGAUCAACAAGCAGACCUGCCAAGAAGAGCUGGGACGUCUGUCCAAUGACCAAUUCUUAGACUUCUGCUUGCUUCUGGGCUCUCCGUUCCUGCGCCCCUGCCCACUUUUUGAAAACCCCGGAUUCCCCGGCAAACUUCCUGCCAUUCGCGAUGCUCUCCCUAUGUUCAACGCAGCCGGACGGAACGCCUUGACCUUGUGUGCUCAGUUCGAAGACGACCGUCGCAUGCAGGAGUUCCAGUACACAGACCGCUACAAGCGCGCAUGGAUGAUUGUGAAGCACCAUGUCUACGUGGAUAUCGACGGCCGGGUUGCCCCCAUGGAUCCCGAAUCCACUUCUUCAGAUAUGCAUGAGCUCAUCGGCCAGCGGCUGCCGGAAGAACUCUACUUCUAUCUGUCCAAGGGAAUCCUGGGCCCGGAAGUACCAAACACCUUGACGUCGGGUGAAGUGCGCAUUGAUCUGCCGCUGGGCACAGAAGACACUGAAGUUUACCGUCAGCUUGUGGGGGAUGACCUUACUCCAAUCCGCACACAGUCAAUCUGCCUGCUGGCAAACUGUCUCCACCGAUUCUACCAGACCAAAGUGAUUAAAAUUCAACCAUGGUUUGAUGACAACUCCGAGCGGACGAUCAACCUCAAGAAUCUCCCUUCGGUCAAGGAUACCAUUUCAUCCUGGAAAGUUUCCGGAGACCAAUUCCCCGAGAGUGUCAAGAAACUGCAGGCUCCUCGCGGGUCAUUCAAGUUUGCCAUUCAGAGCUUAAGCAAUUCGGACUUUGCGUCGAAGACAUUUGCUACUAAAGAGAUGCCUAUCUUGUCAGCACAAGAAGACAUUCUGUCCAACGUAAUGUGGCGAUUCUUGCAACUGCGCGGAUAUGUCGAUGAUAAGCACAAGCUCACUGCCUGGGGCAAGUGUCUGGAAUCAGCACUCUCGGUUGUGGACCCUGCGGGUAAUCUUGAAGAAGCUGUUUUUAUUGCUGUCGAGAUGCUUCGCAUGGACCUUCUCAACACCACGCACUGGUUCGCACACGUAUCGGGAGGACCGAUGAGGGGAUCGGAGGAGGACAAGACUUUCAACAUGCUGGUCUCCCGGGUUGCUUGCAUUGCCAAGCUGCAGCAUAAGGCAAUUGGAUAUUCUGGCCCCCUGAGCCGGCAGCUGCUGUGCUACCGCUCUCUGGUUUCCGAAGUACGAUCCGCGCUGAGGAAUCUGGUUGAAGUGGUGCUGGCCAGCCUGCUGCUUAGCGGCGAUGCCGAACGGGACCGUAAGGACUGGCCGGAGCUGGGAAUUAAGCUACCAUUUGUUGAUGAUAAUGAUUGCGGUCUUGGCAUCGCUGUACGCACUUACUUGGAUGACCUCCCCCUGCAAGCAAACCCCACCUCACCCGAGGCUCGGGCAGAGGUCAAGUCAAAGGGCAAAGAAUGGUUCCAACACAGCGAGAGCUUUACUGGAAACCUGGAUCUGGCAUUCAAGCUCUGGGAUGCGGUCUACAAGGGAACACAGCAUGCCGGCAAGGAGAUUAAGGAUGCGAAGCUGUGGGACGAUGCGAACAAGUGGUUGUCGGAGCGACGGUAA